GCACAUACGACCACAGGGUGUGGAAAACAGGGCUUCCCGUCCGCUCAGCCGUACUUAAGCCACACGCCGGGAGCGAAUCCCUUCUGUUGUAUGUUUUUUGCAAGCCCACAGUCAUAUUGCUCUUCAUACCCUCCUUGCCUUCGAUCAAUGACAGCGGAGAACCACAAUAUCGCCCACGCCCACUUCCUCUGUCAAGCCAACAACGCUCGUAGCAACGGUGUGACGGCCGUUGUGCGAACACCGGGCCCUCGGAGGUCUACCUCACACCAGAAACUGCCCAAGGGCCACCAAGCUCUGGACUCGCAACUGUGCUUCCCAGUAGAGUUACGGAAACAAGGACAAGAAAAGGCUAAACAGCCAGAGCCGUGA